AUGAUUGACGUUGAGUGCUUAAUAAUGGAGAUUGAAAAGCAUGAAUGCAUUUGGAAAACCACUUGUAAAGGUUUUUUGGAAAGAGAUACAAAAAGAAAAUCUUGGAUAGACAUAGCAAUGAAUAUGUUUGAAAAUUGGGAAACAUUUUCAAUCAAAGAACAGGAAGAUAAAAUCGAAGAGUUAAAAAAAAAAUGGAAGAACAUUCGAGAUAAUUACACAAGGGAUGUUAAUGAUUCAAGACGAAUUGUAAGUGGCUCUGAAGCGCCAAAAAAAAAUAGAACAUAUGCAUAUGCAAAUGUUUUAUCGUUCUUACGUCCUAUUGUAAAAAAAAGAAAAACAACUGGAAAUAUAAAUCAUACCAUGGACAAUGCAUUAGAUGUAUCGUCAAAUGAUAACGAAGUCGAUGUGGAAGGUAAUUCAUCAAGUUUGGAAACACCAUUGGAAUGUAGUGUUACUAAAACAAAGUUGUCGUCUAGCUCUAAAAAAAAAGCUCAAACCACUUCAUUUCAAGAUGCUUUACUAGACGCAAUAACUAACCCUCCGUUAUUUUUUCAAACACCACCUGAAGUUGAUGACCCAGAUAAAGCAUUUUUACUAUCAUUUUUACCGGACAUUAAAAAACUAAACGAUGAACAAAAAAUGGAAUUAAAAUUUCAAUUUUUUCAAUCCCUCAGAACCAUUACCCAAUCAGCUUCUCAACCACAAAACAUCUAUAAUAGUCCUUCCAGUUCAAACAGUUCAGUAUAUCACCACAAAAUGUCUCCAAAUUUUCCAUAUCCUUACAGCUAUAAUAGACCUAUAGGAUCAUCCACUGCGACUACAUCAUAUGCAUUUCCAGAACCACUCACUCAAAAUUCCUCAUACACUGGACCACCACAAACUCUGCAAAGUCUCGAACAAUCUAAUAGCAACCAAUAUGUAUUUAAAUAA